AUGGAAAUUUCUGAGAGGUUCUCCGCCAAUUCAAACGCUACCUUCGAAGGUCUCGACUACGGACCCCUUUACACGAUAACGGCGGAACCUCCGGGCACCAGCCAGGAAAACAUCAUGACCACGUGGGUGCAAAUUGCUUGGACUGGCGUGUUCGGCGGAAUGAUACUAACAGCGACCGGAGGAAAUUGUAUAGUCAUAUGGAUCGUUAUCGCCCAUCGGAGAAUGAGAACUGUAACCAAUUAUUUCCUUGUGAAUUUGAGCACGGCUGACUUGCUACUAACAACGUUUAAUUGCAUCUUCAAUUUCACCUAUAUGAUUCAAAGGAAUUGGCCCUUUGGUAGCUGGUACUGCACAAUAAGCAACUUUAUUGCCAAUUCCACUGUGGCUGCGAGCGUCUUCACAUUGACCGGGAUUUCAUGCGACAGAUAUUUGGCGAUCGUUCAUCCACUUCAGCCACGGAUGUCGAAGAUGUCGUCCCUAAUUACUAUCGUCUUGAUCUGGGCUGCCAGUAUGAUUUUGGCGGCUCCCUGUUUACUUUAUUCUACAACAGUAACCUCGAGUUAUCGAGGAGUGGAACGCACAGGAUGUAUUCUAAUUUGGCCAGACGAUAAAAUCGUGGGAUCCAAAUUUGACUUUGCAUACCAAAUGCUCUUCCUCAUACUGACGUACGUGGUGCCCAUAAUCCUGAUGUCGCUAUGCUACACAAUAAUGGGUAGAGUUCUUUGGGGAUCCAGAUCGAUUGGCGAAAUGACCCAACGACAAAUCGACAGCAUUAAAUCAAAGAGAAAGGUGGUUAAAAUGUUUAUCCUGGUCGUUUUAAUAUUUGGCAUCUGCUGGCUACCCUACCAUGCCUAUUUCAUCUACAUCUACUACGAUCCGAACGUGAUAUUCAGCAAAUACACUCAACAUGUCUAUCUGGGAUUUUAUUGGUUCGCCAUGUCUAAUGCGAUGGUGAAUCCGCUUAUUUACUAUUGGAUGAAUGCCAGGUUCAGACAAUACUUUAAAACUGCUAUUUGUGGUUGGAAAGACUACCUACAAAAUGGAAACGGAGGGGUUGAUACACCUCCAAUUAUAGGACGACACUCCCACACGUAUUCUAAAUCUGGAGGAGACGGAACGAUCAAAAUUCAUAUAAAUAGUCCUCUGGAACACCGUUACCAAAACGGCCACUCAUCAACUCUGCGACGGACGAAAACAAUGGAAAGUCCCGCAAGAAUGGGCAGGACUAACAGCAGUCGGUGGUUACAGGCGUCCCUGAGACGCGAAAAUCAAAAGACCACCAUCAACUUGUAAAAUAAUUAAGCCACACCUCAUUUGCAAAAAAAAAAUAAUAAUAAAUGUGGAUUAUAUUGUUUUGAAUUUGUCGUAGAUGAGUAUUUUUGAUGCAAAUGAGUGUUGAAGUGCAAUCAGAGUCACAAUAAAACAUUGUAAAUAUUCAUUCAUGUGUCAGUUUGUGUAGUAUAAAUAAGUAAAUUGUCAAUUUGGACGGAUUGAAUUGUAUAACUGAUUUCUUAUCUGUUCUUUAACUAUUGAACAUCUGAUUUAAUCAACUUGUUUUAUGAAUUUUAUAUAAAAAUUUAAGCAAUAAUUUAGUCAUAAAUAAUGUAAACAUAAACAACAAUUUUUUGAAUUAGUCAAAUUGAAUCCAAUUACAGGGUGGCUCAUUUGAGUAGUGUGUGGCUAAAUUACUAUGUAGGUUUUGGUUUAGACCAAAGGACGUAACAAUUUGUAUAUAAGUACA